AAUCUCUCUUGAUUUUUGAGGAAAUACCCAGUAACAAACAUGACUGAGUUCUGGCUUAUAUCUGCUCCUGGGGAGAAAACCUGUCAGCAAACAUGGGAGAAAUUGCAUGCGGCAACUUCAAAGAACAAUAAUCUUGCUGUGACUUCCAAGUUCAAUAUUCCUGACUUAAAGGUUGGCACGCUGGAUGUCUUGGUUGGCUUGUCAGAUGAACUGGCUAAACUGGAUGCAUUUGUAGAAGGAGUGGUUAAGAAAGUGGCUCAAUACAUGGCUGAUGUAUUGGAAGAUAGUAAAGACAAAGUUCAAGAGAAUCUGUUGGCUAAUGGAGUGGACUUGGUUACUUAUAUAACAAGGUUCCAGUGGGACAUGGCCAAAUAUCCAAUCAAGCAGUCCCUGAAAAAUAUUUCUGAAAUAAUUGCCAAGGGAGUAACUCAGAUUGAUAAUGACCUGAAAUCUCGAGCAUCUGCAUACAAUAACCUGAAAGGAAAUCUUCAGAAUUUGGAACGAAAGAAUGCAGGAAGUUUGCUAACUAGAAGUCUAGCAGAAAUUGUGAAGAAGGAUGACUUUGUUCUUGAUUCAGAGUAUCUCGUCACAUUACUGGUAGUAGUUCCCAAGUUAAACCACAAUGACUGGAUUAAGCAGUAUGAAACACUAGCCGAAAUGGUAGUUCCAAGGUCUAGCAAUGUUCUUUCAGAGGACCAAGACAGUUACCUGUGUAAUGUCACCUUGUUUAGGAAGGCAGUUGAUGACUUCAGACACAAAGCCAGGGAAAACAAAUUCAUUGUUCGUGACUUCCAGUAUAACGAAGAGGAGAUGAAAGCAGAUAAAGAAGAAAUGAACAGGCUUUCUACUGAUAAGAAAAAACAAUUUGGACCACUUGUGCGGUGGCUGAAAGUGAAUUUUAGUGAAGCAUUUAUUGCAUGGAUUCAUGUGAAAGCGUUACGGGUUUUUGUUGAGUCUGUUUUAAGGUAUGGCUUGCCAGUGAACUUCCAAGCAAUGCUACUUCAGCCUAAUAAGAAAACUUUGAAGAAACUGAGAGAAGUAUUACAUGAAUUGUAUAAACAUCUAGACAGCAGUGCAGCAGCUAUUAUUGAUGCUCCUAUGGAUAUUCCAGGUUUAAACCUGAGUCAACAAGAAUACUACCCCUAUGUGUACUACAAGAUUGAUUGCAACUUGCUGGAAUUCAAGUGAAAAUGGGCUCCUCCCCCGACAAUCCUGUCCUUGUGUUGGUGUGUGCUAACGGAAAUAAGUUGCAGUAUGGUCGUACUUUCACCUCUAGUAUCCUUUGCUUGCUUCUGACCCCCUUUCCUAGGUGAAUUCUCCCACAGUGGUCUGUAUCUCAACAUUUUCUUUUUAAAGGAAAAUAUAUAUAUAUAUAGUUUCUUUUUAUUGAUCAGGUCUGUAAAUGUGUACUAAAAAAAUCAGAGUUUAUUUAUAAACAGAAUAGUUUAUUUAAAGAGAAGGUCUUUUCCUUAUUGAUAUCAUGGUAUGCAUUAAUUCCAUUUGUUACUAUUGUGCACAAAAGCCCUGUUCACAAGGGAAUGGUGUAAACAUUUAUACUGUUUUGUUCACUGUAUUUAGUAGACAUAACUGUUGAAUAGUUACUGAAUCGUGAUGUAAAGAAUAUGUGACCAUCUUCAGGUAUGGGAUUUCUAAGUGUUUCAAAUUUCAAUCAAUGAGCACUGUCAACACCCACAGGAGGAAUAAAAUUACCUGUGCAAAGGUGUAUUGUGGUGUGUGUAACUUAAGAUUACAGUUCAGUUUGAGAGUUAAAUGAUGUCAUAGCUCACUUGCUAUGAUACUUCCGGGAUUUUGUUAUGUGCUGAGGUGUAACCAUUUGUGUUAUCUGACGUAUGAUUUAACUGAGCCAAAUUUGGGUCAGAACUAAAUUUGAAGAUUACUUCUCAGUAUAUGAUGGGUAUUUACAUUUGAACACUAGAAUUUUAGGUCUCUCAAAUAAUUAAGUAUAGGGCCAGUUUUGAAUAAAGUCUAGCAGAACUAUG